UUUCUUGUGCGUGUUCAUGCAGCACGCUGCUAGUGGCCUGCACGCAUUGCCAUCUAAUGUGCUUCUCUCAAAGGAGGAAGAAUGCUAGUAUGUCUGUCAAUUAACCUUUAACUUAGAAAUUCAACACAACAUGCUAAACCCAACUCAAAAUCUCCUGUAAACACCGUGUUUAUCUUCAAUACGGUACUGAAGCCAGACUUACUUAGACUUUGAAAUGCAGAGGCUUUUAAUACAAACUGUGCUCCAGCACAGCAACGCCAUACGUUCUGUAGUUUUGUGCUGUGCUUCACACCAGUUUUGUAAAAGCCCAGCUGCUGCUACUGGUUUGUGUGUUACUGCGUGUGCAAGAAUUCAUACCUCCCUUUCACAAAGGGUGAACACAUCCACGUCCUGCACAGUGGCUGAACAAAGGAAGCCCAAUCUUCAAGAACAGCCUCUGCCGUCUCAACAACAGAAUCCUAAAAGCGCAGAAUCACAAGUAAGGCAUCCAGCAGGCAGUGACCCAAGGCAGAAUGUUUCAGUAGGGACUGCAGCAGCUCAGACAGACACCCAUGAGGAUAUUAUAGAGACUGAUCCCCUUCAGGAUAAAUCCAUUGGACUUUACCAAAGGUUCAAGCGAAUGUUUAAGCAGUAUGGAAAAGUGAUGAUACCAGUGCACCUGGUAACUUCCACCGUGUGGUUUGGCGCCUUUUACUAUGCAGCUAUGAAGGGUGUGAAUGUUGUACCAUUUUUGGAGUUCGUUGGACUACCUGAAAGUAUAGUAAACAUGCUGAAAAAGUCACAAAGUGGGUGUGCACUCACUGCUUAUGCAAUGUACAAGAUUGCCACACCUGCGAGAUAUACUGUAACCCUGGGAGGAACGUCAUACACAGUUAAAUACCUACGGAAACAUGGCUACUUGCCAACGCCACCCCCUGUCAGGGACUAUAUUCAGGACAAAAUGGAAGAAACAAGAGAACGAUUCACAGACAAAAUGGAAGAAACAAGAGAAAGAUUGUCAGAGAGAAUGGAAGAAACUAAAGACCGUUUCUCUGAGAGAAUGGAAGAAACUAAGGACAGGAUUACUGAAACCAAGGACAAAUUAUCAGGAAAGUUGCAAGAAACCAAAGACAAAGUGGCUUUCAGAAAGAAAAAGGAAUAACUAUGUUGACUAAUGAAAUGCUCUUGAUUGUUCAUUGUAAUUCUGUAGGUCUGGUGAAUGUUGAGAUGUAUUCUGUUAUGAACUGGAGAUUAAGAUGGCCAUGCUUUAUUUAAAGGGACAAUUGUGAUAACGAAUUGCUCAAACACAAUUUUUUUGAAUAUUCUAUCAAUUAGUCCAAUUAAAUAUUUGGAUAGUUAAAUGUGAUUAAUAAUAACAUGGAUAAUUAUAGCUGCAGCAUGAGUUCUUUGGUAAUGGUUAAUUAAUAUAAUAGCCUGUCUAACAGAAGAGGUCAGUCAUAUAUCCCCAUACUUGGGGAUUAUCAAUUUAUACCAUUGCAUAGGGUUGCAGUUGAUACAUUUUUAAAGACUUUACUAUAGUACGGUUUUGCUAUUGUGAUAGCACCUUAAAAUAAAGCAUGACGUGUUCAUUUAUCAAUCAAAUGGACUGCAGACGUUUUCAGUCAUUUAUUUUCAGUCUAGAAACCUGUCUUUUAAAAUGCUAAACACUGCUUUACAUUUUAUUACUUGCCUCUUUUAUUAGCUUCAUUAACAUUGUUACUGGCCACCCUUUUAAAACAUGAAGGGGUUCUUCAACAGAAAAGUGGACCAAUACUACUGUAAGUGUUGGUAAGAAUGUUUUUUUUUAAAUCUUUGGUUAGCACUCCUUUGACCAGUGCAGUUAUUUCUCCUGGUAAUUUAAACAUUGCACCCUUUGGUGUCAAUAUCCAGCCUGUCAUAAUCUUUUUUGUAAUUGAUUAAGAAAAAGCACUCUGCAAUUUUAAUUACCUUGUUUCCCAUGCAUUUGUUUAGACAUGCAUUUAUACUUUAAAUGAUAGGGUAUAUUACUUCAUAUUAUCUUGCAAUGUAUGUUAUCUUACUAACAAAACCACAGCUUGUGUGUUUUAUUAUCAAUCUCAUUUGAUCAGAUACACUUAAAUUUAAAUUCACUGACUUAAAUAGUUGUCUUAGUUUAAACUAUGUAAUUCCCUAUGUGUUACAUACAGCAUGGAGAUGGAGUUGCUUUAUGAAGCUCAUAAAUAUUUUUAGGUGGGAAAGAUAAAGACCUGGGUAGAUUAUGCCAGUGUGAAAGGGGUUUACAAAGAAAAAUGUGUUCAUUCUAAUCUAAUCUUUGCUUAAAAAACAUUUGUGCGUAUGAAGGAAUAUGAUUGCGUUUACCCACUUUUCCACUGGAGCACUGCAAACAAUCUGCCUCAGUUUGUUGAUCUAACUGGAGAAGCAAGUCAGCCAGAGAUCCUUUCACAAACAGUUUACAGCAGGUUGUGUGUUUGUGAUAUUGUCUUUUACAUUACCCUAUCUUAUUUAAAACAAAAACACAUACUCUAAAAUAUACUCCCUACAAGGAAGUACCCAAUGCAGUGUAUUUUGAUUAUCAAUGUCAUUCUCGUGCACUACAGUUUUGAAAUGGUAGCCAUAUUAGUCCAGCGAUGAUAGACACAGAGGAGAUGUGAUACCUUUUAUUGGACUAACUAAACAAUAAUUAAUCACAAGCUUUCAAGACCUCAAAGUCUCCUCUUUCCUACUUUCACCUGAAGAACAGACCUUUGAGGUCUUGAGAGCUUGUGAUUAUUGUUUAGUUAUUCCAAUAAAAGGUAUUGCAUCUCCUUCUCUUUGUCUAUACUGAAUAUUGUAAUCACAGGUGAGGUAUAUUCCUGUCUAAACUUUUUUAUAUUUAUCGUACAUGUUAUGAUUUACUAGUCCUUUUUAUUUUACAGUAUGAAAACAGGCUUUUCUUGUUUUUAAACUAUUCAUGUCUUGUCGAACAUUUCUUCACAUACAAUUGGAAUCUAUUGCAAACAAAUAUAAAUAACUAGUGCCACAAUUAACAUCAAUACAUUUAAAUAAAUUAGGUAUAUGCUACAUUACAUAAUAAUAAAUUGUGGAGUCGAUAACUAAAUUUGGUAAAUAUUUUACAUAGUAUUUAAUCACACGUUACUGUCAACUUUAAUGGCGCUUUUGAGAUGAAAUCCCGUACCUUAGGGUUCUGCAAAAGGAAUGCUUUAUUGUACCCGCUAGACAAAAGAAGUAUAUUUCUUAGGAGAAAAAAAGUCAAAUUGACCAAUGUUUGUCCACAGUUUAUUGUUAGUGUUUAAGUAUCUUACGAUGGAGAGUUUAAUAGUUCUACUUGAUAUGUCAUUUUUUUAAAUCUAACUAUCUAUUUGCCUGGGUUAAAAUGUACAAUGAUAAUCAAUCUGGUUAUAAUGAGGAAAUGAUCUUGAUUAAUUUAAGUGGGGUGUACAGUGAGUAAAAAGGUAAUCAGAAAUGCUCCAGUGGGAAACAAAGCAUGUUUUGAUUACAUGGUAUUGACACUUGUGUGCAUGAUAAUCACAGGGCCAGAUCUACACACAGGUUUAGCACUAGUGGAGAGAGUGCACCAGAGUUUUUUUUUUUCUCUCUUCUUGGAGACAAAACACUGUCAAAAGUUGUCAACCAAUACUAGAAAAAUACAUAUUAUAAGGUCUUGUAUGUGUGUUUUUCUAAUGUUGUGACAUUAAGACUUGAUUUUCCUUCAAGUGAUGCACACUGCACUAAACACAAUCUUAAAUACUUGCUGGGAAUUAUUGCAGAAAUCGGUAGUAUUAAUCUAAACUAGGAUCAUGGUGUUUUUUUUUUUUUUUUAAGACAUUGUUCUGGGAACUCUAAUUAAACUUCAAAUUAAUUCAAUUAGUACUAUAAGCAAAAUGUAUGUUUAAUCAUAAACUAAAUCUGCAUUUAUCUGUAUUUGAUAUAAAUUUUCUCAAGUUUUAGCUACUGUGUGGUUUAUUUUCUGAUGUUUAAUGUUUGUGCCUUCAGAAUAGCGGCCCUUGUUAUGUAAUCUGUUCACAAAUGUAUCUGUGAAUCUUAUAUUUUUGCUUAAAGAUACCCAAGCACUGUUCCAAAUAAAUGUCCAGCACAAAAGCUACCA